AUGUCAGCAAACGCGAAUCCUCAAACUCCUCCGACUUUGCAAAGCGCUAUUUGGGAGCGACUCCAGGAUGUAACGCCCAUCCGCAGUCAUGAUGCGAAAGAAGAUAGCUCCAAGACCAAUUGCCAGUGGCUCAUAGAACAGAAUUGGUGGGGGAAUAUGAGCCAGCAGGAGGUGGAAGGAAGACGGCGAGAGAAAAUCAAGCAACCGGAAUACUAUAGAGUGCGUAUUGGCACGCGACUGAAAAUGCUUGAAGAUUUGAUCCUAAAAUCUGGGCUACAAACACUAUUCAAAACGGCAGAUGCUCUGGAUGGACUGUUAUUUGGCCUGGGUGCGAAACCCGACGACUUUAAGAAGGCGGAACACGAGAUUCCUGAUACGGAGAAGGAGUAUUGGGACGCGGAGCACGAUUUCCAGCGAGACCGCGAAGACGAGGUCCAGCGGUCAGGCUACAAUUACGACGACUCGCCGCUUGCGUCCCCUACACGGACUCCGCCGAUAUCCCUCGAACCACGCUCGGUCGACCGCACCUCUCUACCCUCCAAGGCAGCUUCCCAGCCAGAUUCCCCGGGAGUCUCCAAUACCCGCGUGCAGAAGAAGCGUCACAGCAAAUACACGAAAAGAAAGCAGCGAAGCACAAGAGCAUCUAAGCGGCUGAAGGCUUCUCUGGAGGACGAGCUGAACACAAGCGCCUUCGUGGAAUCUGCUUCGGGUAAAGGACCAACCAUGACAACCUUGAGCGAAAAGGCUGUCCCCUUUGCGCGACCUGCAAAUGGGCGAGUAGGAACAAAGACAAAAGCAAAUAGCACACCGCACCAAUCUGAGGGAACGAGAAAAUCGACACGAAUUCAGAAGAAGCAAAAGGAAGCGUAUCUUAUCGAAGAGAGAACGAAACCCAUUAUCAGAGGUUACCACCUUCGCUCCAAAGAUCGUGAUAAUAUGACAAGAUGA